ACACAACUAAGGUGCUAGAGCAGGAGAAACCCGCCUCGAUGGAGGAGAGAGGGAUGGAGGAAGAGGAAGUAAAAGCAGUAGAAGACAAACCAGCGGAAGAGAAAGAGGAGGGAGUAGCCGAGGAGAAGAGAGGGAUGGAGGAGCGAGAGAUGGAGAGAGAAGUAGACAUAGAGAGAGAGAUGGAGGUAGAGGUCGAGGUCGCGAACCCUUGCCCUACAGAAAGCCAGGGUCUCCAUGGUCUCCAGGGAACCAUUAAAGGUCAUGACCUCUUCGGCUACGUGGGCAUCGAGGCCGUUCUGGACCAGAUGAGACGCAAGACCAUGAAGGCUGGCUUCGAGUUCAACAUCAUGGUCGUGGGUGAGUCAACAAACACACACACACACACGCACACACACACACACACACACACACACUGCCAAUUGAUAUCCUCAUACAGUCCAGUCCAGUCCAGUCAGCUAACUGUGCAACCUGAGCUCACAGUUUCUCAUAGUUUCUUUUUCUAUAUUUGACGCAUUAAUUCCACGUGGUUACAGGGUUCAUUCCGCGUGGUUGCAGGGUUAGGGCUAUGGUUUGGGGAAGACUUAAAACAAAAUAAUUAAAAACAAUGCGUUGUUUUUAUAAAGUAUCGUCAAGUACUCUCCCGGCUUGCUAGAGUAUUUUGUCUGAGUGCUUGGUCUGUGUGGUCUGAGGACGCUUCAUGAGUUCACACCCAGUGAACGGCUAGGAAGGCAUAUAUCAACGUCCUCAGGACCUUUACAAAUGUCAGAAAUCGAAUGGUAUUUAUAGUGACCAGGCUGAGCUGUGAACAGAACAUUGUAUUUGUAAACACUAGCUGUUAGAGGAACUGGUGUUUAGUGUCAGAUUAAAGAUACAAUCAGCAGUAGAAACAACAUCAACUGGUGUUUAGUGUCAGAUUAAAGCUACAAUCAGCAGUAGAAACAAUAACAAAGCGUACUCCCCACCUCUGUUUCAGUAAAAGUCUGAGGGAUGGGGCUGGAGAAAUGUAACCACUCAAAUUCUGACUGAGCAAUGGAUGCAAGGACUGACCAUCCAUGAUAUCAAAAUGAUAGUUUUAACAAUUUCUUGAGGCUACAUAGUGUUUGUUUACAUAAACUUUUUUAUAUACAAACAUUGGAGUAAAACAAGCGUAUAUUUUGGGUUCUGAUGGGGUAAGACAGUUGAACAAAGCUCAUGAGGAAUUUAUAUUAUUUUAUUCAAUGGGUACAUAUCAUUAAUUUAUGUCCAAAAAUGUAUGUAGCAACUCAGUUCGGUUAGCCGUCAGCAUGCUUCAGUUCGGCUAGCCGUCAGCAUGCUUCAGUUCGGCUAGCCGUCAGCAUGCUUCAGUUCCGUCAGCAUGCUUCAGUUCGGCUAGCCUUCAGCAUGCUUCAGUUCCGUCAGCAUGCUUCAGUUCGGCUAGCCGUCAGCAUGCUUCAGUUCGGCUAGCCAUCAGCAUGCUUCAGUUCGGCUAGCCGUCAGCACACUCCCUUAAAAGACCUUGAAAAAUGAGAAAAAAGCGGCGAUGGUACUGUUUGUCCAUUUUGAGACACUGUAACCAGUAUACACUUCCUCAAAAUAGUCAGAAUUAAUCUAAGAUAACUCAAGAAAUAUGUCAUUAAUUUUGACGUUUUUUGCAGAGGAGAUCUUAGUUGCGCAAUGUUACAUCUAAGUGAGAUGUUUGGUGCAGUAUUUCUCAAUGGAACAAUGAGCAUGAAAACGAGUCCUCUCUUCUUGAAUGACAACGAAGACUUACAGUUAAAACAAACAAAAACGUCACAAAAUGUCAUCAUAAUAUAUGAACGAACUCUUCCCAUUUUAUUUUCUGGAAAGCAUGCGCCUUAAGACUGCACCUCACCUGACUUCAAAGACUCUCAAACACACACAAACACACACGCUGCACACACACACACACACACACACACACAUGCUGCGCACACACUUACACACACACAUCGCUACACACACGCUACACACGCUGAUAACACACACACAUGGCAGGAGGCACAGGGCUUACCCACAGGAAGUCAAAACAGGUGAACAGGAAAGAACGUGGAUGUGUGUGUGUGUGUGUGUGUGUGUGUGUGUGUGUGUGUGUGUGUGUGUGUGUGUGUGUGUGUGUGUGUGUGUGUGUGUGUGUGUGUGCGUGUGCACAUGUGUGUCAAAGGACAGAGAUGUUUUUAGUUGUGCUGAUGAAAAGCUCAGAAAUAACAUCCUUGGUCUGCAGUCUAACAUGUGGGAUGUUAUCUAUCCCUGUCUUAUUGUGGGGGGUCUCAUGUUGCUUCUAGCCACACACACAAACAAACACACACACACACACACAUAGACACAGUUGUAAUAAACAGCUGUGUGUAUAUAACUGCCAUAGAUGAUUGGUAAUUAGUAGUGUAGUCAGUAAACUAUGAAUAUUAUGAAGCAUCUGUUUCAAAACCACCCUGUAGUACGGUUAGAAGAAUAUUGAGAAUAACUGUCCUGUUGGUUGGAUCUAUAACAGCUUCAACCCAAUCAGGCUGGAUAUUGAUAUUAGUGAACCUAGCAGUGGCACAUUGAAGACAAAACAAACAUGGAACAUUUACAUCAGAUCACUUCCUCCAGAGGGAAUUAGGAACGCUGUAGGUUCAGAUUACACAGUUGAUUUUGGAAAUGAAUGCCAGUAUGGAAGUAUUGUUGAUUUGGUGAUGAAUGCCAGUAUAGAAGUAUUGUUGAUUUGGUAAUGAAUGCCAGUAGAAGGAUUGUUGACUUGUUUAUCAACACUAGAAGAAGUAUUUCUGACUUGUUUCUGAAGUAUUGUGAGUGAUUGAUGGUGGUGUAGUGAAUGGUAGAGCUGUCAGAUGAGGUCCUAGAGCUCUGUGUCUCACAGUAGAGUGAUUGAUGAUGGUGUAGUGAAUGGUAGAGCUGUCAGAUGAGGUCCUAGGGCUCUGUGUCUCACAGUAGAGUGAUUGAUGGUGGUGUAGUGAAUGGUAGAGCUGUCAGAAGAUGUCCUAGGGCUCUGUGUCUCUGUUAGAUUAAUUUGUAUUUUAAGAAUAAUGACUAAAGGAUUUCACCCCAAAUACAGUAUAAAUGUGUGAACGGUGUUAGAGUUAUAAUGUAGUGGCAACCCACUAACAGAGGGGGGCGGGACUAAACAUUCCAGGGUGAAGGGGACUGAGAAAACGGGUUAAAAAAAGCCUCCUAAAGGUGGGCGGAGCAAAGUGCCUUUGUGUGUCAAGGGGUAUAAAACAGGAGUGUAUGGGUUUUGGCGCCAGAGCUCUCCAUGAAUAAAAAUACAGAUCAUUCUUGCUGGUUGUGGACCUUGAAUCAUUUAUGAUUAAAACAAGAGCCUUACAACCUCUGGUAAUAAUUCAAGCUUAGGUUGAAUUAGAGAUAGAAAUUCUUGUGACAAGUGGUUUCUUCGAGCGGAGCUUAAAUACGUCUUUGUCGUUCUAAGGACACCGAAACCGUGCACGUGCGGGUGAUUGCAUCCGUGGAGAAUAGUCCUGGCCUUCGACGUUAAGGUUAUAAACAGGCCGGUGAUUACUCUUAUGAACGAUAAAGACGUUAACGAGUUUGAAAAAGCAUUUAAAUCCAAACUGCAAGGAAAAGGUCAGUAAUUUUUAUUCAUGGUUUUUGGUGAAAUGAUUUCAACUUGUAUAACAAUAGUAAUUCUUGUGAAGGGCAGAGAAUAGUGUAGUGUCGAGAAAACUAUGCUGAGAUGCUGUGAGAACAAGAAUUCCGCUGACACUGUACUUUGAUUAUAAAGGUUUAUUAUAUCAAAGGAUUCCAGCGUCAAUUUACAGACAUCUGCCGAUAUCUGGAGAAUAACCGGCUCCAAUCUCUAAUAUGUUAUUCUCCCCAUCCUCUGUUUUAACCAUGGUAUGUAUAUCCUAUGCCCUAUGUAACAUAAUAUGGGUGUUUUCCCCUACAGACCAAUCCCAGGACUCCACCUAACAGACUUCCUCUGCUUUAGGGUGCCCCUAUAGAACUACUCUCCAGAUGCUCCCUUAAGCUGAGUCAACAUCCUCUAAGACCAUUUGCAACCAUUAGCAAAGUCAUAAAUUGUCCAGAUACCAUAUAUUUCCCCCCUUCGAGACUAACUAAGUCUCGAAAACAAAAAGAAUAGGAUUAUGACAAAUAACAAUUUUUCUCUUAUUGAGUAACUUUAACAAUAAACCAAAUUGUAUGGAGAGUAAACACCUUUUUCUAUGGAGUGUAAAUAUAUUUCUAUGAAAUAUGAACAAAUCUUUAUGGAGUGUGAAUACAUUUCUAUGAAAUAUGAACAAAUCUUGAUGGAGUGUGAGAGCGAAAAACCUGUCUGGCAGCUUUCUUUCCAAAUAUCCAUCAAUCAAUCAAGACAGUAAAAUUCUCUCACGGCCCCUCUGCCCCAGGCAACCACUUAAGUACUACAGAUAAAUUCAUACAUCUUUAUCAAUGCAUUUUAAACUAUGAUGCAAUUUAAAUACACAUGAAAGCCUCAGCAAACAAAAUACAAUAACAUUUGUCCACAUUCAGGCUGGUCGACCCAUCGGACCCUCCUGUGGAUUCUCUCUGUCCCUGCCUAGACCCAAUAUCCAUAAGCAUCCACGAAAUAAACAAAAACAUCUGAGAUCCCCACAUGUACCCAAUAACAGCAAAUAUCAUUCUUCAAAAAUUAAUACAGAAAGAAUAUGACACAAAUUAUGUAUUACACAUGCAAAUAUGUCUAUAUAUCAUUGCAGACACUGGAAUGUAGUCCACUACACUUCAUCUCCUCAGCAGUGUCGACUUCCAAUGUAACGCCGAUGAUGGAAUCUGAACAUUUCCACACCUUCCUUGUUCCACUUCCUCCAGUCCACUCAUAUUGUUCCCUCUUUGAGUAUUUGAAUCCCCUCUACACAUUCCCCCAUAUGCUUCUGGAAGAAAAGAAAAGACCAAACAGUAUAUUUUGCAAAACAACACAUUCAAAUUAAAACAUCAAUAUCAACUAAAAUUAUAUAUAAAAUUAUAUAUAAAAUGAAUCACAUUCCAUUUCCCUCCUUUGAUUCAUCACAAAACACUAUAAUCACACUAAUAUUUAAGAAUGUGUGAAAAAUGAUCGGAUAUUCAAAAUUGAUAUCUAUCCAUCAAUACUCCUUUGAGUCUUUACAGAAGGUUAAACCCUCUUAUCGUUUCAUUUGCAAAACCCUUCAAAGUAUAGGUAAUAUUAUCUAUGUUAUCUUCCAAAAAUUUUACACCAUACCAUGGAAAAAGUCCCCACUUCUCUCCUAGACUUAUCCUCCAAUGGUAGGCUUCCAGACUAUGAAAUGUCUCUCUUUCAGAAUCAGAUUUAUCUCUUUCCCGUGCUUCCCCUCUUUUAAUUUUAAAAACCUCAUAUAAAAGCUUCAACUUCAACAUGUAACAAUAUCCUUUCCAUCCAUAGGGUAAGAAUAUAUUCUUUCUCACCACAAACCCCCUAAAUAUCUCUAAAAUUCCCAAUAGUCACAUUACCAUGCAAAAACUUCUCUCACCCCAUCAAAGUCCUUCUCUUCUUACUAAAUGAAACAUCAAAAGUUACAUUAUAUUUCUCAUUACGAACCUUAUGUUCAUGCUUACCCCAAAGUCAUCAUAUAAUCAUCACCAUCUGAUAUUCCCCUGAUAUCCCCCCCUCUUUCCAUCAUAUGUUUUAUUUAAACAAAAACAGCUUUUAGCCCUCACGGGUUUCACCUCCAAUGCUUCAUGAAGCGCUGUUAACUGAUUUUCCUUCCUAUCUAACAAAUUCACAUAGGUUAAUUCAUUUAACCAAGAACACUUAAACCUAGGCCUAAACAAAUGCUUCGACAACGACAUUAUUGUAUCUGUUAAUGAUUGAUGCUGAUACAACAGCCAUGAUAAAGCAUAAGAUUUACACGUACUUGAUAGAGGUUUAGCCACCUUCUCUAAGAUUCAACCCCAUGUUCCUAGUGCUGGAAUUCUCAACAGACAUGGACCCUCAAGAUUCCUCACUGAUCUUACAGAAUGAGUUAACUGUUGAACUAAAGAUUCCUACCUGCCAAUCCAUCUUUAAUUUCCCAAAUAGGAAGAAUCAAAUCCAUAUGCCUUCCAUUUAGUUUCUCUCUUCCCUAACGAGCAGUAUUGAUCAGAUAUAUCUUCUUGUCUUCCAUCAAAAUCAAAGAACUCAUCCUGUACCUCCAUGAUAGUAUUCUCCCUAAUCUUUCCCUCUAACAUUAUUCAAAAUAAGUGAGCAAUCACUCAUAAUCCACUUCAUAUCGUUGUACAAAAUAUACUUCCUUUCACUAGGUGAAACAGCUUCUACUUCUUGUCCUCAUAACAACACUUCUUCUACAUAAUUAUCUCUCCACUUAACUCUAAAUCCCUUCACCACUGUUCUAUCCCUCUUACUAACAUUGAAGCUGAGCUGACUGUCCUAGAGUUCCUUCAACCCUAGCUUUCCAUAACUUUUUAGUCUGACUUUUCUCUUAAUUUUUCAAAAACCAUUUAACUGAUUUAUCCACAAAUUCCUUUCCCUCUAAUUUUUUCAAACACCAUUUCACUGAUUUAUCCACAAAUUCCUUUCCCACUAAUUUUAGGAUAUUUGAUCCGGAAGUCCCCACCUGCUUAUGACUUCUUUACACAAAAACUUGGCAAACGAUUGAGCAUAUUUUAGCUUAGUUUGACAUCUUAUGCACCUCUUGGUGUAGGAAUGUAAACAAGAAUAACAGUCACCCCCUGUAAACAUUAUUUUUCAUACAGAUUGUCCACCUGCCUAUGACAUAGUCAAUCUGUUCAAUCAAAUAUGGUUCCAAAAAACCCUACUCCUUUGUGAUCUUUCUCCUAAUCUCCCCCCUUGCAACAUUAGCUAACCCCUAGCUUCCUAAAUCAUCAGACCUAAUAGGUCCAGAGGCGCUACUAUCAACCCCUCAUGGUUUCUCCCAAAACAACAAACAUUCUUACUCUGAGGAUUUUUUCUAUUGACUUCAAAACACCUGCUUUUGAAAGUCCUUCAAUUUCUGGUUCAAUCCCUUGGAUUGCUUCAUCUUUCAAUGGAUACUGAUUCUUCCAAGGAGGUCUGCCUCCUCGUCAAAGUUCAACUUUCACCUCAAUUGGGCUGAUUUCACAAAUCCAAUAUCAGUACUACUUUGAUAUCACAAACAUUCUUGAACUUUUUGCAACAUCUCCUCUUUAAUAGAUUCUCAAUCCAUCUUCACACUGCAAAUAGAUUCAUGUGUCAUCCGUACAGCUUAUGACUCACCUUGUCCUUGAGCCAAAAUCAUCAUUUUGAGAAAUCGCUGAUCUUCACUCCUCCAAAUCCCCCAAUUCUCUUUCAUCAGUACAAAAACUGCUUUCUCUGCUUCUGUCAUAAUUUCUCCUAUUUACUUCUGCUCAUAGCCUUCAGAAACCAACUAGGUUACAUGUGGCACACUCUUCUCAAUCUCAAAUUCUUUAUCCAGAUAAUCAUCUGCGUUUAUCUUCAUAGCUGCUCCUUGUGGUCCUAAAAUUAUUCAACAUGAGCUGAGUUUAACUUUCUUUGAUUGAUGACUCAACCAUUCCUCUGAGUUCAAUCAUGCAGCAUUCUUAAAAUACUUGAGCUGAAUUGAAAUGGAUAUUCCAGAAGCCUCGCAUCUGGCAUAUGUUCCCCCUUAAAUUUCUUCCAUAUUUUAGCCUGCUUCAAAAAAUCUUCACUGAGAUUUCCAAUCCAGAAUACUAUAGACUAAUCCAUCUCUGUCAUCAUUAACAAUUGGUAAACCUUUUCCUUUGGCACUUCUACCAGACAGCCGUCUGGUGUACAUCUUAUUGUACAGUUCAACUUCCACAAUGCAUCUCUUCCCAACAAUGCAAUAGGUGUAUGUUCUGAUACCAGUAUGGGUAUUGUAAUUUUCUAAUUUUCAUAGCAGAGCUCAAUUGGUUCCUUAAGAGUAAUCAACUGUUUCACUCCCUCAAAUCCCUGUCCUAAUUAGUUGAUUUGACAUAGUGAGAUGUGUAACCUCUUCAGGCUGAACACAGAUAAAAGCAGUUCUGCUAUCCAUCAUCACUUCCCAUGGUCCGUUGUUUAUUUUCACCUCAAUUGUUGGAUCUUUUUCCCCUAACUGGUGCUACCAGCUGACACCCCCCUUUCGGAUCUUCUGGGCACCCCUAGAAUCCUUGCUCCUUGCCCCUAUAAGGGUUCACCUGUCCUCCAGAUGAUCUUCACUUGCUCCUGUAUCUUCCUCUGAAAUUCCCUCUUGUGUUUCCUUCUGGCCCAUUACACUCACAGGCAAAGUCACCAACCUGUCCACAAUCAUAACACACUUCUCAAGAUUGCUGGAAGUAUGGCUUAAAUCUUCCUCCUCUUCCUCUUUCUAAGCCUUCUCGUCCUCUUCCUCUCCAAUUCUUUGUCUGUCCAGAAACUGGCUAUGGAUAUGAAACAACUUGUACCACUAGUUGUGGCUGGUACAAUUGCAGUUGGAAUUGGUCCAGUUGAAGCUGUAGCAGUGAUUGUUGAUUUGGUGCACACUAAUUCUUCAUAACCAAAGCUUAUUUCUUCUCCUUCUUAUUCUCCCCCAGUUGUAUUUCAUUUAGUUUUCUGAGAGUUUCUUGGUCCUGUUCUUUCUUGUUGUGUUCCUUUUUCCUGUACAGAUCCACUUGAUGGGCUAUAUGAUCUCUAUAGACACCUUUUGUCAUGCUUCCAAGUCCAACCACCUCUGCCAGUUUGCUCCUUACUGGUGAGGGCAGUCCCAUCUGCAGUUUAGCUCUCAAAAUUGACUUCUCAAUUUGACUCACAUCUGGAUCAUUUCCAGUAAUAUUUAUCCACACUUGAUGAACUCUUGACACAUAGGUUCUCAGAUUUUCUUGUUGUCCUAGUGGGUCAAUCAGAAUGUUGUCAGGAUGCACAUUUGUUGGAAACGUAUCUUUCAGUGCUCUCCACAGCCGAUUUCUACUUGCAGCCAACAACUCAGGGUCAUUCACUUCAAUCCCCACAUAUCUAUUAAGUCCAGCUCUCUGAAAAAUUUCUUCCAUAUCUGGAAUCCCAAGGAGAUUAGCCAAAAGUCUCUUAAUGUCUCCUAUGGCUGACUAUGUUCCCACCAUAAUUUCUUCCAAUUUUGAAAUCCAAGGAUAUGCUCCAUCUUGAAGAGUAGGCAGCUUCUCAAGUAUAUCUGACAUAUCGGUAUUCUUCAAAGGCUUAUAUUCUAGGUUCUGUCCUCGAAAUAUCAUCUGGCAUCAUCUUUUUACUUGUGCUCUCUUUCCUUUGCCUCAAUGUAUUAUUCUUCUCCAAUUCUUGGGAUCCUUUUCUCAGCAGUUUUUUCCCUUCUGUAUCUUCAGCUUCUUGAGUUGUUCUUCCAGUUCUCUUACUUCUUCUAAAUUAUUCCCUUUAUCCAGGCAUGAUACGCAUCGGUCUAUAUCUCUUUCUAUUUCUUCUGUGCUAGUCAUUGUAGGAUAAAAUCCUCCUGAACAUAAAGCACCUUUAAUCUCCAAAUCUUCAUCGCUUUCUCCAUCUUCACUUUCAUCAGAGAUCGAAUCUCUAGUAUCCUUCUUCUUCCUUCAACUUCCAUCACCCCUUCUUUCCUCUCUUGCCAACUUCCUUCUGAUCACAGAGUCAUAUCCACCCAUGAUCUCCUCUCAAUCACUCUGAUCAUCAUCAUCUUCAAGUUCCAUCUUCCUGAACCUCACUCCACCCUUAGUUUCCAGACAUCUCGUUUUCUUCUUACUUUUGGAGUUUUGGAUUCAUCUUUAUGGUCGUUUUUGCUUUUCCUCUCUCUAUUAUUCAAGCACUUUCAUCAUGUUGAUGACGUCAGGGUUAAGAAUCCCUUCCACUAGCCAUGGUUGUUCAAUGUCACGCCAACGUUUAUUCCCUUUUCCAGAUAACCUUGCAAUACCAUUAACUAAAGGAUUACUAUUUUCUACUACAUCAACAGGAGUAAUUACUUUCAUAGUUUUUAUGUCCUUUUUCCCCCUUGUAACAACUAUUUUAUAUUCCUUUAUUGUGAAUUAUUUUAUUAUUUUAGACUAUGUAGCCUAUUGUUCCCUCUUUUUUUUUUCCCCCAAAUUUAUUAAUUUAUUAAUUUAUUCAUUCAUCAAUUUAUUAAUCAAUUUACUUAUUUGUAUCAAUUAAUUUUAUAUUAUUUUAUUUUACCAAAUUAUUGAUUAGUGGCAAUCUUACCGCAUCCGAUCAGGAAAAUAAAUGAAAGUAGUCAACUUCAGAGCAAUCCAAAAAAGAAAGACCUCUAAUCCUGCAACACUACAGCACUCACAAACCCCAUUGCUUAAUAAGCACCCAAUGACCUUAAUUUUACAGAAUAAUGUCAGUGCUCGAUUUCCCCACUCAACUCUAAUCAAACCCACUCAUGCACAAAAACUCCAAAAUGCAAUUCUUAAUUACAUCAAUUGAUCAGUCUGUUGCCAAGUCCUUGUCAAAUUGUCAUAACAUCAAAUAUGCUAGGCACCCAAAAUAUCCUCUAUGGGAAGGUAAGUUUUGUGAAUAGAACAGUACCAACCUUGAUUUGACUUGAUCCGUUGCAGCACACUCUGUCGCAUGAUGCACUUGUCAGCACCUCCUCUCUCUCUCUCUCUCCUCCUUCUUAUCGUCUCUCAUAUCACAGAAGAACAAAGAACAGACAAGAAUUUAGUAUUUUAUGCACUCACUGGGUUAUUUCAACCAUUCAAUACUCCUCUAGUCAUACUCACUCUAAGAAAUAAGCAAACAACUUAACUCAAGAAUAGUAUAAAUAGCUCAAUAUCAUUUUAUUUAUUUAUUUUAUUUUUUAUUUUAUUUUUUAAUCCGUCAACAUAUCUCAAUUUAUCAAUUCAAUAGAUCUCAAUCAAAUAGUUUCAUCGUUAAGCAACAGCCGAUUUAACAAACAGAACACUCUAUUCGUGUCUAAAUCUCCCCCUCCCUCUCUGUCUGCUCUGAGUCUGCGUCUCCCAGCAGCUCAGUGCAGGCAGGGGAGUGGCACAUUUACUCUACGUAACUCUAAACUCAUAAAAUCACACGCAUGCGUAGUUCAUUCACCAGUGCGAUUUCAGAGUGGGAAGAGCUCCCAAGCAGCGCUCUCCAAGCCUAAACAACAGCAAGUAGACAGACCAGCUGUCGCUUCGUUCUUUCCCCCCAUAGACAAACAGUAACACUUAACAGAACUCACAAACCAACACAAAACAUAGAACACAAAUCCUACUCUCUUCCACACACACACAUACAGUGGGGAAAAAAAGUAUUUAGUCAGCCACCAAUUGUGCAAGUUCUCCCACUUAAAAAGAUGAGAGAGGCCUGUAAUUUUCAUCAUAGGUACACGUCAACUAUGACAGACAAAAUGAGAAAAAAAAUCCAGAAAAUCACAUUGUAGGAUUUUUUAUGCAUUUAUUUGCAAAUUAUGGUGGAAAAUAAGUAUUUGGUCAAUAAUAAAAGUUUCUCAAUACUUUGUUAUAUACCCUUUGUUGGCAAUGACACAGGUCAAACGUUUUCUGUAAGUCUUCACAAGGUUUUCACACACUGUUGCUGGUAUUUUGGCCCAUUCCUCCAUGCAGAUCUCCUCUAGAGCAGUGAUGUUUUGGGGCUGUCGCUGGGCAACACAGACUUUCAACUCCCUCCAAAGAUUUUCUAUGGGGUUGAGAUCUGGAGACUGGCUAGGCCACUCCAGGACCUUGAAAUGCUUCUUACGAAGCCACUCCUUCGUUGCCCGGGCGGUGUGUUUGGGAUCAUUGUCAUGCUGAAAGACCCAGCCACGUUUCAUCUUCAAUGCCCUUGCUGAUGGAAGGAGGUUUUCACUCAAAAUCUCACGAUAUAUGGCCCCAUUCAUUCUUCCCUUUACACGGAUCAGUCGUCCUGGUCCCUUUGCAGAAAAACAGCCCCAAAGCAUGAUGUUUCCACCCCCAUGCUUCACAGUAGGUAUGGUGUUCUUUGGAUGCAACUCAGUAUUCUUUGUCCUCCAAACACGACGAGUUGAGUUUUUACCAAAAAGUUCUAUUUUGGUUUCAUCUGACCAUAUGACAUUCUCCCAAUCCUCUUCUGAAUCAUCCAAAUGCACUCUAGCAAACUUCAGACGGGCCUGGACAUGUACUGACUUAAGCAGGGGGACACGUCUGGCACUGCAGGAUUUGAGUCCCUGGCGGCGUAGUGUGUUACUGAUGGUAGGCUUUGUUACUUUGGUCCCAGCUCUCUGCAGGUCAUUCACUAGGUCCCCCCGUGUGGUUCUGGGAUUUUUGCUCACCGUUCUUGUGAUCAUUUUGACCCCACGGGGUGAGAUCUUACAUUUACAUUUACAUUUUAGUCAUUUAGCAGACGCUCUUAUCCAGAGCGACUUACAGUUAGUGAAUACACUUUUCUUUUUCUUUUUUUUCAUACUGGCCCCCCGAGGGAAUCGAACCCACAACCCUGGCGUUGCAAACACCAUGCUCUAUCAACUGAGCUACAUCCCUGCCGGCCAUUCCCUCCCCUAUCCUGGACGACGCUGGGCCAAUUGUGCGCCGCCCAUGAGUCUCCCGGUCACGGCCGGCUGCGACAGAGCCUGGAUUCGAACCAGGAUCUCUAGUGGCACAGCUAGCACUGCGAUGCAGUGCCUUAGACCACUGCGCCACUCAGGAAAGUCAUCUUGCAUGGAGCCCCAGAUCGAGGGAGAUUAUCAGUGGUCUUGUAUGUCUUCCAUUUCCUAAUAAUUACUCCCACAGUUGAUUUCUUCAAACCAAGCUGCUUACCUAUUGCAGAUUCAGUCUUCCCAGCCUGGUGCAGGUCUACAAUUUUGUUUCUGGUGUCCUUUGACAGCUCUUUGGUCUUGGCCAUAGUGGAGUUUGGAGUGUGACUGUUUGAGGUUGUGGACAGGUGUCUUUUAUACUGAUAACAAGUUCAAACAGGUGCCAUUAAUACAGGUAACGAGUGGAGGACAGAGGAGCCUCUUAAAGAAGAAGUUACAGGUCUGUGAGAGCCAGAAAUCUUGCUUGUUUGUAGGUGACCAAAUACUUAUUUUCCACCAUAAUUUGCAAAUAAAUUCAUUAAAAAUCAUACAAUGUGAUUUUCUUGAAAACAUUUUCUCAAUUUGUCUGUCAUAGUUUACGUGUACCUAUGAUGAAAAUUACAGGCCUCUCUCAUCUUUUUAAGUGGGAGAACUUGCACAAUUGGUGGCUGACUAAAUACUUUUUUCCCCCACUGUACAGUUUAAGAGGAUUAUUUCCGUUCCUACGGACCCCUAAGCAUGCUACUACCAUCGCGCCAUUUUUUCCCUUUGUUCCUAAAUUUAUGCUACCUCGAGUUCGCGGAUAUCCAAUGAGCGGUUACAUCAAACAUAUACUUCGUCAACUAUAAGUUGAGCGGUAACUUGCAAUCGAAUGUAUAUACCACAACCCCCAGUCCCUGGGACUGACCUAAACCCACCUAAUGCGCUUUUAGGAUUUUCGGCCCAUCCUAAUGAUCGCCUCGUUGGAGGGCUUGCCAUAGAUUCGCGAUGUUCUAAUUUGUACACAUUUUCCUUAGUUCCUGGCCUUUCCUUCCUUGUAUUCUUUUAGAAUUUUAUUCAAGCAAAAUAUCCCUAUAGACACUCCCCCCUGUUUGCGUUGUUACCAGCGCAAACAAAUUUAGAAAUUUAGAACGGACUCUUAUCCCACAGCAAAUAACAGCAAAGCACACAUGCAAGUUCUUAACGGUGCAUUCAUUCAACGCACACACAGACACACGAACUAACCAGUGCCCAAAGUGGUGAGAAAACUCACCCUUAUCUGCCGGACUCUGGAGCGAGAGUCAGCUCGGCGCCCAUGAAUGGAACGCUGAGAAAAGACGCAACACGACCAAUACCUCGUCGCCAUUAUGUAGUGUCGAGAAAACUAUGCUGAGAUGCUGUGAGAACAAGAAUUCCACUGACACUGUACUUUGAUUAUAAAGAUUUAUUAUAUCAAAGGAUUCCAGCGUCAAUUUACAGACAUCUGCCGAUAUCUGGAGAAUAACCGGCUCCAAUCUCUAAUAUGUUAUUCUCCCCGUCCUCUGUUUUAACCGUGGUAUUUAUAUACUAUGCCCUAUGUAACAUAAUAUGGGUGUGUUCCCCUACAGACCAAUCCCAGGACUCCACCUAACAGACUUCCUCUGCUUUAGGGUGCCCCUAUAGAACUACUCUCCAAAUGCUCCCUUAAGCUGAGUCAACAUCCUCUAAGACCAUUUGCAACCAUUAGCAAAGUCAUAAAUUGUCCAGAUACCACAAUAGUUACCAAAAUCUCAAAGGAAAUAAUUAUUAUUAUGAUGGAAGGAAGGAGGGUCCGUAAUUGACCCUAGGUAAAUAGCUAUUACCAAAAUAAUCUAGUUAAUAUUGAGAUUGUACGAGAUACAGUCUUUACAAUAUAAACAGGAAGGGGGAUAAUUUUCGUCGUGUGCGAUAGAUACAUUAAACAGGUCAAAAGUCGCGUAAACAACUGAGGAUUGUCGUAGAAAUAUUUGACUAAGAGAUAAUCAACUCAAAAAUAUCUCUCAAGACACCGGAGCUUGUGAAUUCAAGAAUUAGACUUUAUUGCAUAACAAAGCCUGAGUUUGCUCCAUGGAACAACUGUCUCUCUCUGGCUUAGAGAUCUCUUAUAUACACACAUAUGAAAAAAACAUGCAUACAUUCCUAACUUAUUUUAGUUCUGCCCCACCCUUCUUUCUCAACGUCCAGCUGUUACACAUUGUCCACUCCAAAAUGUCAUGAAUGCUUUUUUUCUAUAUGAAGCCUCUCAUUCUAUCAUUCUAUUGGCUGCGUGGCUUAGGCCCCUUCUUAAAAAAACUAAUGUAAUGCACACUGUUUGAGAGCCUCUGUGAAAGAACACAUGCAUUCAUUUAAAACACAGCAUAUACUUCAUGUCUAUAUUCCUUAUUUAAGCAUGUAUCUGGAUUAUAAAAUAUCAAACAUGUUUAUUAUAUUUUACCUUUGGCAUCUCCCUACAUGUGCCAUAAUGAUACAUAAAAUAAUCCUAUAUAAUCCCCCCUAUGGGACAUUCCAAUAAUGUCCCAAAUAAUACAAAGAUUAAUUUUAAAAUGAAUGUAAGCAUGUGCAUUUACUUAUUCUUAGCCUUGCCAUAUGUGGUUUCAUUUCACACGCAUAUAUUUAAACCAAUAUAUCUUCCUCAUUACUUGACCCAUCCUGAUGAGGACCCAUAGCCCAGUCAGGUAUUGGAUACAAGUCUGCAAGGUUUUCCUCUAAAUUAACCUCCCCAUUUUCCUGUUGGGCUUUGUAACCAUGGCAGGCCCAUCCACCCCCAGGAACAACUCCAUACAGACAUUCAGGAUUCCCAAAUGGACAGUCCAUUGGUCCUCCUUUAACAUUACAAGAUUUCCCAUAUUUAUUAACAUACUGUCCUGGAGCUCCCUGAACUGGGUGUAUUUCUUUGGCUGAACUAAUAACAAUUGUCUGUACAGUCAUUUGUUUUACUGUGGUUUGAAUCAAAAGUGAUUUUAACAGAGGUAGUAUACAACAAAACACUACUCCCAUUACUACAAGUGAUAUUCCUAUCAUUAUUGCCAUUUUUGUAAACAUUGCACCCCAUUUUCCCAAAGUUAAUUCCAUCCAGUCCCAAACAUGAGCAUCAUACCCAGCAUUAUCCUUAACCUCUUUUCGUAGUCCCUUGAGUUUAGUCAUUGCUUCAGUGAAAGAACAAUCCGGGGCAGUAUUAUUGGGGAUAAAAGUACAACAUUCAUCUCCAAACAUAACACAAACUCCACCUUUUUCUGCUAAUAGCCAAUUUAGAGCCUGCCUAUUCUGCCAUGCCAUUCUACUGGUAGCCUGUACUUGCUCUCCUAAAGCUGAUAAUGCAGAGUCUGUGUAAUUAAUAAACCUUUGUUGAUUAUAAUAAAUAUAAUUGAUCCAUUCUAAGUUUUUGUUGGUUGUAAUCCAGACAAAUAUUGAUUCAAAUCCUGCUUUAAUUUCAUCUCUUGCCUUUUAUUCAUUUGGAAUUCCUCUGGGUUGACCUAUUGCAUCCAAAUAUACACUGGGGUCAUGUUCAUAUGAUCUUUUUACCCUUUUAUUAUUAUUCUGUGCAUCCCUAUUUGUUGUUUGGUCUACCUCCCACUCCGAUAUAACCACCUCCUGAAGCAUUUGUACUCUAGCACAUACUCCCUUCCAUCCUUUAAGCAAAGUAGCUCUAAUCCUUUGUCCUUCACAUACCCAAAAGAAAUCUGCCACUGCCACCGAUUGAUCCUCAUAAGGAGAAAUCAAUGGCAUUGCCAGUGUUUGCUUCUCACAUUCCCCAGGGUCACCCGGCCCUCCAUUUGUAGCUAUUACCCCAGUACUUGAUCCUGCUGCCUGAUAAACUGCUCUGUGGGGGGUAUCUGCAUUCCAGGACGUAUCAUUAUUUAGGUGCCAUGUGGUCUCACACUUUCCCUUAAAUUUUCCCAAAUCGUGCUCCCCAUCUGUUUUAUUGUAGCAUUCAUAAUUUAGAUUAUAGUCUAUACGGUAUUUUUCCGGUGCUUCCAUUUUUCUGGGCUCUAUUCUGAUAUCUAAUUUUUUACACCACUCUCCCCAUCCUGUUUGAUUAUAGAAUCUGUAAUGAUAGGGAUUUCCCAAAAAUGAUAAACAUUCUGCAGGACAGUAGGGCCUUUCUCCUCUUUUAAGAUGACAGUAGCUUCGUUGGAAGUUAGCACAGUCCUUGUAACUGUGUGGACUUGGUAUUACUAUCAAUUCUUUUAAUGGAGAAGGAGCACAUACUAAACAAUUUGUUUUUCUAUUAAUUAUUUUAGCUGAAUAUUGUGCCCAUUUGUACCAAUCAUUUUGCAUGGCUCCCUCCCAUAGCCUUUCUAUUUUUUGUGAUGCUAUUAUUACUUUCGGUAUUACUGUUGGGGCUGAGGUAGAUUGUCUAUUUUCCUGACUUCCCCAGUUUGUUAAAGAAUCCCAUACAUUUUGAAAAAACCCAUUUGUUCCUAUUUUUUCUAAUCCUGUCUUUGUUGGUUCAACUGCUAUAGUACUUAGUGGUCCUUGGGUAGUGGUCAUAGUUACCUUAACUAUUUCAGGUUCUUCCUCCUAUCUAGAUUGGUGUUUGGAAAUAGGAUCAAUGUCCAUUGUUGUUAUACUAUUUCCUUCUAACCCUUUAACACUAUCUAUUUCCAAUAUGUACUUUGCAUUAUUUUCUUGAGUCAAUUCCUUAAAGGUAAUUUCCCAACUAGUGUCUCCUUUGUUAACUUCUAUUUGACAGCCAUAUUCAUCCCAGAUUGCUUCUCCUCUUGUUUGAUGUUUAGCCCACCCACAAAGUGAUUUUUCUGGCAGAGGUUUUAUCCUACGUAUUGAAAAGGAUCUUUGAGUUUCUUCAACUGUCAGUACUUGCGCUGGAAUAGAAAUACUAGUUCGAGCUAUCCCCAAUGGUACAUGCUUUUUUAUUAUAUUCUUCAAUCUAACUUUAGGGGGCAAUUUCUUAAGCACUGAUGGAAUCAUGAGAUGUUUAGCUUGUUUUAUAUCCAUUAUUUUUCCAUGUCUAUUUACUUGUGGCUCAACUUCUACACAAUGAUUUUUUAGACAUUUUAUUCUAAACAUUACAUAUCCUUCAAUCUGACAUUUCCCCAAUCUAGGCCAUCCUGUAUACGAUACUUGUUCUUUGUUUACAACAGCAAUUCUUCCUGGCUCAGUAAGACUAUCUCUAGAAUAUUGUAUAGUUGUAGGCAGACCCACCACCAUCUCUCCUAGGUUAACUGCUAUUACCGUUAGAGCAAUUCCACAGUUCUUAAAUUGUCUGAGAUCAUGUGAGGGCAGAGAAGUCAAUUGUGGAAAAGUCUCUUUCCUCAACAGCAGAGGAGUUUCUUCCUUCAAUGGUAGAAAGAUCGCUUCUUCCUCCUUCUCCUGUUGUCCCUCCACUCCCUGGGUGUCUGCUUGUGUUUGGGGGAUCUGCCAUGGCAGGCAUCCUAUCAGCAGUAUUCCCACAUCAUCAGGCCCCACCUCCCGACUCUCUGGAUUUUCAGGUGGGAUUGCCUGUUGUCCUUGGACUCGUGCAUGCUUCUUCUUCUUGGACUCCAUCUGAUGCCUCGACAUCCCCCUCUUCCCCAUGGCUCGCCGAUGGCAGACCGGUUCUCUUCGGGACCCUGGUGCAGUGGUUUAGAUGGUACCACGUCGUGCUUCCUUCCACCUGUACUGCUGUGGGCGUCGCUCGGAUCACCGUAUAUGGUCCUUCUCUCCUGGGCUCGUUCCACUUCCUACGAAACACUCGGAUGUAGACUUGAUCUCCUGGAAUCACCGGCCCUGGCUCCUCUGGUCCAGGUUCCGGUUCUCGCCCUUUUUCCUGGAGAUAGAUCACUUUAUGUAUAGCAGUUAGUUGUCUUACAUAUGCUUUAAGUUCCAUCUCUAAUUGUUCCAAUGAGGGUCCUUUGUAGGGCCCUCUUAGACCUGGCACUGGCAUGGGUCGACCCGUAAGCAUUUCAUGCGGGGUUAGAUGCGUAUUUCUGUUAGUUUGCAUGCGAUAACUCAUCAAUGCUAGUGGUAGUGCAUCCACCCAAUUGAGUUUUGCACUAGCACAGAUUUUAUUCAGUUUAGCCUUGAGGGUGCCAUUAAUUCUCUCAACCAUCCCCUGAGAUUGCGGCCGAUACACACACCCUAAUCUUUGCUUAAUCCUUAACUGCUGUAAUACUUGCUUCACUGUUUUCUGAAUAAACGCUGAUCCAUUGUCUGAACUGAUUUCUGUUGGUAUUCCGAAUCUGGGUAUUACUUCUCUAGUUAGAAAUUUGAUUACUGUUCCUGAUCCUAGAUCUACUGAGGGUACCGCCUCUACCCAUCUACUGAAUCUAUCUAUGAUCACUAGCAUGUACCUUUUGCCAUUCACCUUUUUUAUCAUAUUUACAUAGUCCAUGACUAAAUGUCGAAAUGGUCCUUCAGGAACCGGUAUGUGCCCUAUAGGCGUUGUUAUUCCUUUCCUUACAUUGUUUUGUGCACACACCUCACAUCUUGCUAAUGCCUCAUCUAUUGUUGCCUGUAGGUAUGGAGACCAGUAUCCUUGUUUUUUAAUUUUCCUUACUAUUUCCCCCCUUGCGCAAUGGUCAAAACCAUGCGCAUCAGUUAUCAGUAAGUUGAGCAACACAAUGGGUGCUACUAUGGUUCCUUCAUGUGACCUCCAUAAUCCCUUCACAUCUUUGGUGGCCCCUCUUUUGUGCCACAUAGUCUGUUCAUAAGGUCCUGCUCUUUCCUGCAUCCUUAUUAUAUCGUCUGGCUGUGACAUGGAUUCAAUAAUGUCCAUUGGUGCUGUUAACACUGGGACGGUGCAUCUAGAUGCCUUUCUUGCAGCUUCAUCAGCUGCAUUGUUUCCUUUAGUUAUAAAUCCUUUUCCUUUUCUAUGCGCCUGACAUUUCACUAUCGCCAAUUUAGUGGGAUACAUUAACGCCAUCAUUAAUUCCACAAUCUGCUCGUGGUGUUGUAUGGGUGUACCAUCGCUUUUCUUGAACCCUCGCUGCUUCCAGACUGCCCCAAAUAGAUGACACACCCCAUGUGCAUAUGCUGAAUCAGUAUAGAUAUUAACAGUUUUUUCGUUUUCCUAGGAUGCAAGCUGCAGUGAGUGCUUUUAGUUCAGCCAACUGGGCUGAGCAUGGCUGUGGACAGUACUCUGCUAUCACUCUUUGAAACUUUCUCCUUGUUUUUGCACUACUGCAUAGCCUGCAUGAUUUCCCACAUGAUCUUUAUAACAGGAUCCCAUCAACAAAAUACUCUUCUAUGCACUCUUCCCCUAGGCUGGACAACGGGGUUGACUCUAAGUCUGGCCUUAGUCGAGUAAAUGUCAAUGAAUCUGCUACACAGUCAUGUGCUUGCCCCUCAAACUCUAAGGGGAUUCUUUCAGCUGGGUUUACUGUACUGCAUCGUUUAAUGGAAACAUCCGGAUAGGUCAAUAGAGUCAUGUAUUCCAAAGUUCUAGCAUUGGUAAGGACAAACUUCCCUUGUUCUAUUAGUUCCACUAUUUUAUGGUGUGUAUAUAUUAUUACCGGGUAUCCCAUAGUAAUUGUGGACGCUUUGUCAUAUUCAUAUUGUAAUGCAGCUAGACCUUGAUAACUGGGUGGAUAUCCCUGGGCAACAGAAUCUAGUUUAGAACUAUAAUACGCAAUAGGUUGUUUUCGUCUUCCACUGCAUGUCUCUUGCAUAAGUACCGCUGUUGCAUACCUAUCACAUCUAUUUGCCACAUACAACAAGAAUGGUUUUGUGUAAUCUGGGGCUGCUAGAGCCGGAGCUGACUGUAUUUCCUUCUUUAUUGUUUCGAACGCAGUCAAUGCGUCACUAUUCCAUUCCAGGCUUGCUCUAAGGUCUAGUUGUCCUGCUUCUUUCAUGAUUUCUCGUAGAGGAGCAGUUUUAACUGCAUACUCCUCUAUCCAGUCUGAGCUGAAUCCAGUCAUCCCUAAGAGCGUCAUCAUCUGAGCAACUGUUUGAGGUAGUGGUGCCUUGCUGAUUCCUUCCAAUUGUCCUGGUGCUAUUGCCUUUGUUCCAUGUGCAAUUGUUCUUCCUAGAUAUUCAACUUGGGAUUGGCAAUACUGAAGUUUCUUUUUUGACACCUUGUGUCCUCCUUCUGCCAGUCGCUUUAAAAACUUCAUAGAAUCAGCAUGGCAUUGUUCUAAGGAGGUAGCGCAGAUCAACAGGUCAUCCACGUACUGGAUCAAUGUUCCUUCAAAUAUUAGAUCUUCUAGAUCUACUCUUAACACCCGAUUGAACAAAUGAGGAGAAUGCUUAAAUCCCUGUGGAGUUCGAGUAUACGUAAGUUGUUUACCUUUGUAAGUAAAUGCAAACAAGUGUCUGCAUUUUUCUGCCAGGGGCACACUAAAAAAUGCUCCACAUAGGUCAAUCACUGUGAAGUACUUUGCUUCUGGGGGAACAUUUGUGAGUAACGUAUGAGGGUUUGGAACAUCAGCAGGCCAAUCUUGUACUAUUUCAUUUAUGGCCCUUAAAUCAUGUACCAGCCUCCACGUUUUCCCAUCUGCUUUAAGGACCGGCAACAAAGGUGUAUUGCAACAACUUUGUGUUUCUAUUAGUACUCCUGCUUUUAUCAGUCCUUCAAUUGUGCCACUGAUGCCCUCUUCUGCUUCAGGUUUCAUAUGGUAUUGAGCCCUCCAAGGGGCUUAACAUGUGGCUUUGUUUUGACAAAACACAGGACUUGCCGAUUUUACCAAUCCAACAUCUGUAUCAUGUUGUGACCAUACCUCCUGAGGUAUGUUUUUCUCCAUUUCCUGUUUUAGCUUGUCCUCCAAUUCUGUUACUUCCCCUAGCUGUGUUAGCUGUUGGGAUGUAACUUCCACUGCCCUGGGGUCCCCAGUCAUUAUGUAGUAUGGUGUAUCUUGAUUAAGGCUUUAUCUUUCGAGUGAUAAAUCAGUGGAUUUUCUGUUUUGUUCCAUUGAAUUGUUUUUGCUCGCAUCAUCAUGGUGCCCAAAUCCUUAGCCUCCAUUCCCUUGUUCACCAGCAAGGUAAUGUGUGGGGCAGCUUCAGAAACAUUAUAUACCAUUUUGCCACAAAGUCUGAGGCCAUCCAUGUCCGUCACCUCCAUUGCUUGCUCCUUGAUUUCCUAUAAUUAUGUACUGAGACAUUAUAGGUACUGAUUUCCCAUUUGUAUUUAACAACCACAGUUGCUCUAAAAGAUCAUCACGAUAGGGAUCAUAUUGCAUGGUGCAGUGAAAUUCUGACUUUCCGCUUCUGGUAUCUGAGCCUGAAUAAACCUACCCCCAUUUCUUUACUACUCUAUCUACUUCUGUCUCAAUAUCCCCUAACCAUAGACAUUUGCUGUAUCCUGUUUUCAUUACCAUUUGUAAGUUUAACCCUGCCCUCUCUAUAAUUACUCCUUCAGAGGAACAUCGAAUUUGUAUACCCAUUUUGCAUAGGGCAAUCUCUUCCCAACAGAUUGACAGGGGUGUGUUCUGAUACAAGUAUAGGGAGGGUUGCGGAUUUGUCAUCCGCUGUCAGGCGAACUGGAGCUGUCAUUGGAAUUAACUGCGUUUGUCCCGAGAAUCCUAUAGGUUUUGCAUAUUUGCCAGACAUGGGGAGGUGAGAGGCAUAAUUUGGACUUACACAAGUGUAAGUGGCUCCAGUAUCAACCAUCAUUGGUGUGCCUCUGUUCUCUAUUUGAACCUGCAGCAUAGGUUCUUGAUCAGCUUGUGUAGUUAGUACUGUAAACUGACCCUCCCCGGUAGGAUUCUCUGGGCACCCCUAGUACCCCUGAUUAGGCCCAGCCCAUGGAUUCACAGGACCUUGGAUUUGUUGCUGAUUUUGUUGCCAGCCGCCAGGUUGCUUCCAAUUAUUUUGGUUUUUGUUCCCCUGUUGUUUGCCAGGGGUUUGUGGGGCAGUUUCGUCUGAUAUGCCCUUGCUGCUGGCAUCCCCAGCAAAUUCCAGGUUGCCCUUGUGGGCCCUGAUUUCCCCCUUUUUAAAUUUUUUGGCUAAAAUUUUUUUGUUUUUUAUUUUUAUUUUUUCCUUGCCGGGUUUUGUUGUGCAUACCAUUCAAAACUGGUACGGUGGGUUUUUAUUUGGGGCCUGUGGGGGCGGGGGCAGAUAUGGCCCUCCUGGAGUAACUGCAGCCAUCGUCCUUUUUUCCCUUUUUCCAGGUGCUGUUCUGGGGCCGGGAUUUUCUUCUUCCUCUGUUUGUCAGUUCUUCCCAAUUUGGGGUUUUUAGUCGGUUUUCCCCUGAAUUCCCCCUCCCUGUCCAUAAGUCCUGUUCUUUCCUUUUCUGUGUUUUUUCUUUAAAUGCAUGAUCACAUUUGGCAAAAGAAUUCUUUUGUUUUCCCUUUUAGGGUUAAAUCCCCCCACAUCCCCCAGCCGCUUCUUACUGAUUGGGGCAUUGCCUCUAUUAUGGAGUUUUGGAAUGAUUGGGCCCUCCCUUGGGGCCCCUUCUGGAUCUCCCUUCCGUUUUCCCGUUUUCCAUCGUUUUCUUUCAUGUAGAUUUGGCAGGGUGGGGUUCUCAGUUUUUUUCCCAGGGGUUUCCCCCCCCUUUUAUUUACUUGGGGGCCAAAUUUUCGCCGGGUAUUCCCCGUCUUAAAGGGGGGGCCAGACCUUUGGGGCGGUGUUUAAAACAAAGUCCCUCCCCUCUCCUUUUGGGUCACGUCAAAUUUUCACUCAGGCCCUGUUUCCCCCUAUAUUUCCCCCAUCUUUUUCCUUUCCCCCCACCCUUGCCAAAAGUGCCUUCAAUCCCCCCAAACCCGCCGUUUCCCCCUGGGCUGUUCCUCCCAAAAAAAAAACCUAAUCCAUUUUUUCCCCCCCCCCUCCUGCAAACUGGCAACGGGGAACCAAUCCUUUCCAGGUCCUGUGAUCCCCCCCUGGAGCAUAGUUUACCCCCGGGUACCUUUUAUCAGAAUUGGAUAUUGUCCCUUAUAUUUUUUUUAGGUCUUUUCAAAGUUCUCCAUUGCCCCAAUCUUUUUUUCUCUUACGCCUUAUUGCAAACUCCCCAUAUGUUUUCCCCCCUUCCCCCUCUUCCCCGUAUGCUUUCUUUAAACCAAACUUUGCUCCCUUUUUUUUUCUUCCUUUUUUCUCAAAAUUUGCCUCUCCUGCCUUUCUCUCCUAUUUUUCGUUUGUUGCUUCAAAUUUUUUGGGUUUUUUCAUUUGAAGUUCUCCCUCAUCUCUUCGUCCAUUUUUCAUUCUUCCCCAAGCUUUCCCCCACUCUCCAUAGCAUUCCCCAAACUAUUUUGGGUUGAUUUUAAAACCCUUGGGUUGAUUCCCUUUUUUUUUCCUUUUGAUCUUUUUUCCUCCUUUGGGGGGAAAAGUAAAAAAAGGUCUUUCUUCUUUUUUCCCUUUUUAUUUCUUUUUUCCCCCUUUUUUGAUACCUACUCCGGGCACCUGGGGGUAUUUUCCACCAAAAUAUGGGGGGGGUCCCCCAGACCAAAUUCUUUUUUUUUUGGGGUUGUUUUUUCAUCAAACUUUUUCCCCAACAUGUUUUCGGGUUUUCGCCUUUUUUCUUUAGCAAUCCCCUUUUCCUUCCAUUUUUAAAAAUGUUGAAAACUUCUUUUUUCCUUUUUUUUUCUUUUUUUUGCCCCUUCUCUUCUUUCCUGUUCUUUUGCUUUUUUGGGGGGUUUUAUCAGUGUUUUUUCCCUUUCCCCACCAAAAGAGGCCAAACAAAUGUUUCCCCCUUCUGGGCCCUUUGGGGCCCCUUUUCCCGGGGCGUUUCUCCCCAUUUUUCAGAUUUUUCGCUAUUUUUUUUUUUCCUUGCCUAAGGGUACCUGGGACUCAGUAUUUCUAAAAACCCCCUUUUAAUUUUUUUUAUGGCCUAUAUUUUUUUUAAACCCUUUUUAAUCUAUUUUAUAUUCCUCCUUUUUUUAUUUAAAUUUUAUAUUGUAUUUGUUUUUUUUUUGGGUUAAAACUAUUUUUGCUUUCUUUGAUUUUUGUUUGGUUAGAAAUUUUUUUAUUAAAUUUAAAGGGCUUUGACAGUCUCCUUAUUUAUAAAAUAUUUCCUGAUGUCCUUUUUUGUGGGGGACAAAAAUCCUAACUUUCCCCUUUCUAUUGGGUUUUUUUUUUUACUUUUAAAACACUCACUAUAUUCUUUAGGAAAAAUAAAAUGCCUUUCCUGAUGUCCCCUUUCUUUUUGUGGGGCAACUCAUAAUCUUUCCCUUUCCCCGGUUUUUUUUUUUACUUUAAAUCACCCUAUAUUUUUUUUAUUAAAAAAAAUGACUUAUCCAAAGUCCACUUUUUUUUGUGUGGACAACUCAUAAAACUUUCCCUUUCCCAAAUACAGAGAUUUUCACACCCACUUUUUCCCCCUCACUCCUUUUUCUCUUUUACCCUUUGGGGUGAGGGCCGGGCGUCCCUUUUUACCAGGUUUUGCCCUUAAGCAACGGGCCCGAAAAGGGGCCCAACCUUUCUCCCCCCAAAAACCCGAGAUUUUCCCCUCACUUGGGACUCUCACCCCCUUUCACUCUUUCACUCUUGGUUGAACCGGGUGCGUCCUUUUUAAACCCGUUUUCCCUUAAAUAAAGGUCCAAAAAAAGGGUGCCAACCUUUCCCCCACCCAAAAACAGAGAUUUUUCACACUUUCCCUUUCACUCUCACCUUUUUUUCACUCUUUCAAAUCUUGGGGGAGACCCGGGGGCCCUCCUUCUUACCAGUCACACUUAGUAAAAGGGGCCCCAAAAAAGGGGCGCCAACCCUUUUUUCCCCAAAACACAGAGAUUUUUACACCCACUUGCAAAAUCUCACUCUUUUACCUCUUUACUCUUGGGGAGAAAAAAGGGGGCGCCUUUUUAAACCCGGGGCCACUUAAUAAAGGGCCAAAAAGGGCCCAACCCUUUCCCCCCCAAAAAAGAGAUUUUUUCACACCACUUGCACUCUCCCCUUUUACUCUUUUUCCCCCUUUUUUUUGAGACCCCGGGGGGCGUCCUUCUUAAAACCCGGGUUCAGUAAGUACGGUCCCGAAAAGGUGUUCCAAAAACCUUUUUCCACCAACCCCAAAGAUUUUUACACCCCACUUGCACUCCCCACUCUUUCCCCUCUUUCACUCUUGGUGUGAGACCGGUUUUCCUCCUUCCUUUUCUCAUAAAAACUUUUUCCCCUUUCAAUUUUUUUUUUUUCUUACUUUAAAUCAAAUCAGCUAUAUUUUUAUGUAAUUAAACGGGCUUAUCCCGAGGGCCCUUUUCCCUUUUUUGUGGGGCAACUCAAAAUCUUUCCCCUUCCUAAUGGGGUUUUUUUUUAGCUUUAAAACACUCAUCUAUUUUUUUAUGUUUAAAAUAAAAAAGACUUUCCCGAUUCCCCCUUUUUUUUUUUUUUGUUUGGGCCCCUAAAACUUUUUCCCUUCCUAGUACAGAGAUUUUCACACUCACUUGCACUCUCACUCUUUUACUCUUUCACUCUUGGUGUGAACCGGGGUGCGUCCUUCUUACCAGGUUACACUUAAGCAACAGUCCAGAAAAGGUGCGCCAACCUUUCUCCACCAAACACAGAGAUUUUCACACUCACUUGCACUCUCACUCUUUCACUCUUUCACUCUUGGUGUGAGACCGGGUGCGUCCUUCUUACCAGGUUACACUUAAGUAACGGUCCAGAAAAGGUGCGCCAACCUUUCUCCACCAAACACAGAGAUUUCAAACGACCUCAAACACAGCUUCUCUCCUCAACACAGAAAAUGAGCUGUUAUCUGCAGGAUUUCUUAUUAUUCUCAUUCAUAUAGAUGAGCAGCCACUUGUGCCCAAAUGAAUCAGACAGUUGAAUGACUCACAGCCGCCAAAGCAAAACCAGUCACUCACACAAGAUGAGCAGACCUACUCUAUUUAAUACUUUAUCAAAAAUGUUAAGCCCUUGUGACUAUUUAACCCGUUCACCUACUCAGGAUGACCAGUGUUACUCCAAUUUAUGGAUGACCUAACUUUUUUUUUUUUUUUUACCUGAUCGACCCUACCUAAUUUUGGCAUCACCACAACACAGGAUGAUGCCCUGCCUGCCCGUUCAGACCUCUGGAAUUUUAGCUCUCCAAAGCGGUAUCCACAGGAUUUAUAUUUAUUUAGCCCAGGUGUUACACUUUCUCUACACACCUGGACUUCUACUACGCUUUCCUAAGCGACCUGUAAAUUCCGCCCUAUUUUUUCCGUUGCACUUCCUCAACACAGAAAAAGGAGCGGUAUUACACAGGAUUUCUGCCUACCUAAGCAGCCUAUAAACGAUACACUUUCGCUACACGUUUAUAGCGGUAUUCGAAGGACUUAACAUGUUAUUGUCUGAUCGCUCAACCAGCUGGACAGCCGCCCGUGUUGAAAUGACCCAGACAGAGCGAUCAGCAAAAUGAAUCAAAUGAAUCGACCGAAUCGAACAGACGCAUCAGAUGAGCAACCCGAGUGACCCCGACGAUUGAACGCAAGAGUUGAGCAGUCGAAUCAAACAGAUCAAUCAGACUGUCCAACUCAGCAACCCGAAUGAGACAGAUUAAUCAUCCAACCUGACCACAAUCUAUCAAAUCUCAAUGGAUUAAACAGAAUUAGUAGCAGGAUGAACAAUUGAAUCAAAUGUUUUGAAGAAACGGUUCAGACGAACAACCGAGUGUCAUUGACAAGUACAAGACGCGUCAAACCGUCGGUUUAGUCAAACAGAUGCAUUCAUACUGACCAAAUGAUCAACUCAAACGAGACAAAUAACCCACCCCACUCAACCACAAUGACUGACCUACACCAACCCAGGCAGACCUAUUUAUACUAUUUUCUACUUAUUGCAACCCUCGAGGCUUUUUAUCAUUUAGCAUGUAUUUUAAAUUCAAAAGCUCCCAGUGUCUAUUUUUCUGGUUCUUAUAUUUGGAGAGACCUACUAGGUUUUUCUGCAGAUGUUGCCGAGCCCCGGGUCGAACCACACAAACGUUAUACUAUAUAAGUAAGAACUUGGCUUACCUCUUAAAAGCGGCCGCUUUUGUUUGUAUGGUCCGUCCAAGCCGUUUCACAACUGCAGAUGUACACCGUCUCUGAUCCCUAUUUUUCAACUGCUGGCAAGCUCGCCAAAUUAUGUCGUAGAAAUAUUUGACUAAGAGAUAAUCAACUCAAAAAUAUCUCUCAAGACACCGGAGCUUGUGAAUUCAAGAAUUAGACUUUAUUGCAUAACAAAGCCUGAGUUUGCUCCAUGGAACAACUGUCUCUCUCUGGCUUAGAGAUCUCUUAUAUACACACAUAUGAAAAAAACAUGCAUACAUUCCUAACUUAUUUUAGUUCUGCCCCACCCUUCUUUCUCAACGUCCAGCUGUUACACAUUGUCCACUCCAAAAUGUCAUGAAUGCUUUUUUUCUAUAUGAAGCCUCUCAUUCUAUCAUUCUAUUGGCUGCGUGGCUUAGGCCCCUUCUUAAAAAAACUAAUGUAAUGCACACUGUUUGAGAGCCUCUGUGAAAGAACACAUGCAUUCAUUUAAAACACAGCAUAUACUUCAUGUCUAUAUUCCUUAUUUAAGCAUGUAUCUGGAUUAUAAAAUAUCAAACAUGUUUAUUAUAUUUUACCUUUGGCAUCUCCCUACAUGUGCCAUAAUGAUACAUAAAAUAAUCCUAUAGGAUUUGCUCUAACUCUGUCUGUUUCAUGAAACUGGAGCAGUUACGACCUCUAGGUUACGGAUAGUGUUAGCAAAUGAUCGUAUAAUGUUGUAUACGUGUGAGACUUGAUGAUCCAUCGGAAUACGUGAUAAUUGUUUCAAGGAGGGACUGAAUUAGAACGCGUGAGAAAAAAUGGUUAUCUGACCCCUUUCAUGAAACCGGAGUUUAAAAAAAACUCUGGGUUACGGGUUAGAUAAUUUAAAUGGUUAAUUACAAAAGCAGAUCAUAACAUUGGCUCAAGAGACGCACUAAUAAUAACUCCUAGGAAAAUAAUUCUGGAUUGAAUUAUUACUAAACGGGGGGAUUUCUUAUUUUUCCACCAUGGGAAAUAAAUAUUCUAAAGAGGUCCGAGAAUUAACGGGGGAUGAAAGAUAUAUGUUAGGAAGAGAUCGAAGAAAUAUGUUUUAUGGAUCCAUUUGGGAGAAGAGGUAUGGAUUUAUUGGGCAUCUCGAUGUGGAAAAGUUAAAAGUUAUGAUUAAGCAGAUGCAUGUAAACUGUGGAAAGAUCCACCACCACCUCGCACCAAUUACGCUAUGGCCUUACCAUUAUUAAGAAAUAAAAGGGAAGCGACCCGACAUACAUACUAUUUUAAGAAUAAUGACUAAAGGAUUUCACCCCAAAUACAGUAUAAAUGUGUGAACGGUGUUAGAGUUAUAAUGUAGUGGCAACCCACUAACAGAGGGGGGCGGGACUAAACAUUCCAGGGUGAAGGGGACUGAGAAAACGGGUUAAAAAAAGCCUCCUAAAGGUGGGCGGAGCAAAGUGCCUUUGUGUGUCAAGGGGUAUAAAACAGGAGUGUAUGGGUUUUGGCGCCAGAGCUCUCCAUGAAUAAAAAUACAGAUCAUUCUUGCUGGUUGUGGACCUUGAAUCAUUUAUGAUUAAAACCAGAGCCUUACAACCUCUGGUAAUGAUUCAAGCUUAGGUUGAAUUAGAGAUAGAAAUUCUCGUGACAGUCUCACAGUAGAGUGAUUGAUGGUGGUGUAGUGAAUGGUAGAGCUGUCAGAGGAGGUCCUAGGGCUCUGUGUCUCACAGUAGAGUGAUUGAUGUUGUUGUAGUGAAUGGUAGAGCUGUCAGAGGAGGUCCUAGGGCUCUGUGUCUCACAGUAGAGUGAUUGAUGGUGGUGUAGUGAAUGGUAGAGCUGUCAGAGGAUGUCCUAGGGCUCUGUGUCUCACAGUAGAGUGAUUGAUGAUGGUGUAGUGAAUGGUAGAGCUGUCAGAUGAGGUCCUAGGGCUCUGUGUCUCACAGUAGAGUGAUUGAUGGUGGUGUAGUGAAUGGUAGAGCUGUCAGAGGAGGUCCUAGGGCUCUGUGUCUCACAGUAGAGUGAUUGAUGUUGUUGUAUUGAAUGUAGAGCUUCAGAGGAGGUCCGAGGGGCUCUGUGUGCUCACAUAGAGUGAUUGAUUGUGGUGUAGUGAAUUGUAGAGCUGUCAAGAGGGCCUUAGGGCUCCUGUUUGCUCAGAAGAAAACAUAUUUGUUUCUAGUCCACCUGCUGUUUGGCUAUAGAGCCAAAAUACCACACACUAUCUGCUCAGUAUCUCAACAUAUUCUUCCUAUCCACUUCCGGUGCUCUUGCUCUAUAAAUCCCCUCCACUCUCCUUUCUCUCUCUCCCCUCUCUCUCAUCUCUCUCUCUCUCUCUCGUCUGCUCUGCUCAUCGGCUCUCUAUCCUGUCUCUCUCUGUCUCUACAUGAUGCUAUCCUUCUCUUCUCUCUCUCAUUGCUAGUCUCUCAUCGGGCUCAUCUCUCCUCUUCUCUCCUUCUCUACCGCUGAGUGUUCUUUCAGUGGAGCCAAAAUACCUCUGAUCCGUUGUGUUCUAGAGCGUUCUGACCUUUAUUUAAAAUAGCCACCCCACUCUGGUCUGACCAAUCACAGAACACCACACAGAGGCUGAUUCAGGUUGGACCAAUCAGGUCAACCUCACAUGGUGGCUGGCUUGGAUUCUGACCAAUCACAGAGCUCGACAGUGGUGGCUGGCUCCCAGGUUACUAUGGCCUUUCCUAUGCUCCUGUGGCCAAGCAUGCAGGGAGCGAGAGAGGCGGAGGAGAGAGGAGGAGAAGAGAGGAGAAAGGGAGGAGAGGAUAGAGGGAGGAGAUGUAGAGGAGAGGAGGAGCUCUCUCUCUCCUCUCUCCUUCCUUCUCUCUCUCUCUCUCUCUCUCUCUUUCUCUCUCUCUCUCUCUCUCUCUCUCUCGCUCUCUCUCUCGCUCUCUCGCUCUCUUGCUCUCUCCUUCUCUCUCUCUCUCUCCUUCUCUCUCUCUCUCUCAACUUUAGUUCUCUAUCUUCACUCCUAUGUUUGAUCAACAGACAUGGGUGUGAUAGACAAAGUGAAAGGACUGUCAGUCAGAUGAAACAGGAAGAGAAGCCAAUCGCUGUUAGAAAAAGAUACACACUCAGGAUGAGGGACAGGGGUGACACACAAACACACACACACACACACACGUACUACACACACACACACACACACACACACACACACACACACACACACACACACACACAUCAAAUUUAAGGCCAGCGACUGAGUGUUCUUCCACAGCAGGAAGGAGGUGACUGGACCAACACACACACUUCCUGUUCACAACGAUCCACUUCCCUUAUUCCCAUCAUGACUGAAAUCGCUACCAAACACACACGCAUAAGCACAACCACGCAGCACACACACACACACACACACACACACACACUCACAGCUAUAGAGCUAUAUUGUAAGUCCCAGUAUGUAGUCCACCAUAUAUUUUAACCCUGACAGUAGAUGUGGGACUCAAACAGCUCCUGACAGCUAGCCACCUGUGUGUGUGUAGCCUAUAAACACUAGUUAGUGUAUGGUGUGUGUGUGGUGUGUGAGACUCAAAUGUCUAGUCCCCUUCGUCUCACACUGUGACACACAGUGACACGUGUGUUGACAUGGUGACCUGAAUGACAUCACUAAUCAGGUGACGGUGUGAGACAGGUAGAACAAUAUUACUCUCCAGGUAAUGACCUCACACACGUGCGUGCAUGUAUGUGUGAUAAGGAUUACUGUAAGUAAUCUGACAGUAUAAUGUCAUGUCGUCAGGGUACUUUUGGACACACUCCAAACUCUUCCUUAAUCCUGCUGAACCCUGAAUCACCUGACUGAUAACAUCAUCACCUGGUCUACCUGGGACAGACUCUUACAUAACCCUACUGAGAGAGAGAGAGAGAUAGAUAGAGGAGGGUAGAGAGAGAGAGAUAGAGGAGGGUAGAGAGAGAGACAGACAGAGAGAGGGGGGAAGAGAGGGACAGAGACAGACAGAACCAAAGAGAGAGGUGAGGCAGACACUCCUGCUUUUACAUUUUACAUUUACAUUUUAGUCAUUUAGCAGACGCUCUUAUCCAGAGCAACUUACAGGAGCAAUUAGGGUUAAGUGCCUUGCUCAAGGGCACAUUGACAGAUUUUUCACCUAGUCGACUCAGGGAUUAUAACCAGUGACCUUUCGGUUACUGGCACAACGCUCUUAACCACUAAGCUACCUGCCGCCCGCUUUUUCACCUUUAUAUUGGUAAUCAAUAUCAAAUCAAAUCCAUUUUUAUUUGUCACAUGCGCCGAAUACAACAGGUGUAGACCUUACCGUAAAAUACUUACUUACAAGCCCUUAACCAACAAUGCAGUUUUAAGAAAAUAGAGUUAAGAAAAUAUUUACUAAAGAAACUAAAGUUUAAAAAAACAUAACACAUCAGUGUAUGUAACCAUCAGUGUACGUAACCAUCAGUGUUUGUAACCAUCAGUGUAUGUAACCAUCAGUGUAUGUAACCAUCAGUGUUUGUAACCAUCAGUGUAUGUAACUAUCAGUGUUUGUAACCAUCAGUGUAUGUAACCAUCAGUGUAUGUAACCAUCAGUGUUUGUAACCAUCAGUGUAUGUAACCAUCAGUGUAACCAUUAUCCCCUGAAUAAAUACAAGUUAAAUUAAAAAAUAUAUAUAUAUAUAAAUUAGGUAGGGCCCUGUGUUUUGGUUAAUCAUGUCACAUGACCUGGAUUGUAACAUUUAUUUAAAGCUUUUCGUCAAACAGUACCCUUUUAGUUUUAUGUCAGAUGCUUACAUUUUUGGUCUAAUUCUCAUUUCUGUAAAAGGCUUAAAAUGAAGGUUAAAGGUCCUGUGACAUGAUUAACCAAAACACAGGGCCCUAGCUAUACAAUACAGUGGAACAGUCUAUUAAAAGUUAUGAUGAGAUGGAUCAUUCCCUCAAAUAGAAUCAGUGUUCAAGGAAUAUAAAGAGAACCUGAAGUCAAGUCACACACUGACACACUGACACACACAUACACACGCUGACACACGCUGACACACACUGAUCUACACUGACCCACACAGAUCUACACAGAUCUACACAGAUUUACACUGACCCACACAGAUCUACACAGAUCUACACUGACCCACACAGAUCUACACAGAUCUACACAGACGUAUACUGACCCACACACUUGUGUGAGAUCAUUGAUUUCAAUUAAAAUAAUAAAGUAGCACGUACAUAUGGAUGCUAGAGGGACUCCACAGGUUCAAUAUAAACAUAUGUGUUAUUAAACAGUGUAUCUCUCUCCUGUCUUUCUCCUACUGGUCACAGUGGUCUGGGGAAGUCUACCCUGGUCAACACUAAACAGUGUAUCUCUCUCCUGUCUUUCUCCUACUGGUCACAGUGGUCUGGGGAAGUCUACCCUGGUCAACACUAAACAGUGUAUCUCUCUCCUGUCUUUCUCCUACUGGUCACAGUGGUCUGGGGAAGUCUACCCUGGUCAACACUAAACAGUGUAUCUCUCUCCUGUCUUUCUCCUACAGGUCAGAGUGGUCUGGGGAAGUCUACCCUGGUCAACACUCUGUUCAAGUCUAAAGUCAGCCGCAAGUCCUGCACCCCUAACUACGAAGAGAAGAUCUCCAAGACUGUCAAACUGCAGUCCGUCAGCCAUGGUGAGCACACACACACACACACACACACACACCAGAUAUACAGUGCCUUCGGAAAGUAUUCAUACCCCUUGACUUUUUCCACAUUUUGUUAGAUUACAGCCUUAUUCUAAAAUGUAUUAAAUUGUUUUUUCCCCCCCUCAUCAAUCUACACACAAUACCCCAUAAUGACAAAGCAAAAACAGGUUUUUAGAAAUCUUUGCAAAUGUAUUAAAAAUAAAAAACUGAAAUAUAUCAUUUACAUAAGUAUUCAGACCCUUUACUCAGGACUUUGUUGAAGCACCUAGAUAUAGCCUCGAGUCUUCUUGGGUAUGAUGCUACAAGCUUGGCACACCUGUAUUUGGGGAUUUUCUCCCAUUCUUCUCUGCAGAUCCUCUCAAGCUCUGUCAGGUUGGAUGGGGAGCGUUGCUGCAUAGCUAUUUUCAGGUCUCUCCAGAGAUGUUCAAUCGGGUUCAAGUCCGGGCUCUGGCUGGGCCACUCAAGGACAUUCAGAGACUUGUCCCAAAGCCACUCCUGCGUUGUCUUGGCUGUGUGCUUAGGGUUGUUGUCCUGUUGGAAGGUGAACCUUCACACCAGUCUCAGGUCCUGAGCGAUCUGGAGCAGGUUUUCAUCAAGGAUCUCUCUGUACUUUGCUCCGUUCAUCUUUCCCUUGAUCCUGACUAGUCUCCCAGUCCCUGCCAAUGAAAAACAUCCCCACAGCAUUAUGCUGCCACCACCAUGCUUCACCGUAGGGAUGGUGCCAGGUUUCCUCCAGACGUGACGCUUGUCAUUCAGGCCAAAGAGUUGAAUCUUGGUUUCAUCAGACCAGAGAAUCUUGUUUCUCAUGGUCUGAGAAUCUUUAGAUGCCUUUUGACAAACUCCAAGUGGGCUAUCAUGUGCCUUUUACUGAGGAGUGGCUUCCGUCUGGUCACUCUACCAUAAAGGCCUGAUUGGUGGAGUGCUGCAGAGAUGGUUGCCCUUCUGGAAGAUUCUCCCAUCUCCACAGAGGAACUCUAGAGCUCUAUCAGAGUGGCCAUCAAGUUCUUGGUCACCUCCCUGACCAAGGCCCUUCUCCCCCGAUUGCUCAGUUUGGCCGGGUGGACAUAGAGAUAUGCCCUCUGACAUAACUCACACAACACCAUCUUUCUGGAUGUAUAUAGACGACACAAACAUAUCCUUUUGCUUUUCCUUCAGCACUUAGUAACAAGGGCAGUGUUUACAUGUUGGAGUGGUCAUGUUAGAGAAACCCUCAGUCCUAGUGACCCUCGGUCCUCUGUAGCUCAAUUGGUAGAGCAUGGCACUUGUAACGCCAGGAUAGUGGGUUUGAUCCCCGGGACCACCCAUACGUAAACAUGUAUGCACACAUGACUGUAAGUCGCUUUGGAUAAAAGCGUCUGCUAAAUGGCAUAUUAUAUUAUUAGUAGAUAUCAGGACUGGUUACAGUAGAAUAAUUAGAGUGGUCAUGUUAGAGAAACCCUCAGUCCUAGUAGAUAUCAGUGUGUAAUAUCAGUGGGCCAGAUAGAGUGUGUUGAAAUAGUAGUGGGCCAGAUAGAGUGUGUUGAAAUAGUAGUGGGCCAGAUAGAGUGUGUUGAAAUAGUAGUGGGCAGAUAGAGUGUGUUGAAAUAGUAGUGGGCCAGAUAGAGUGUGUUGAAAUAGUAAUGGGCCAGAUAGAGUGUGUUGUAAUAGCAGUGGGCCAGAUAGAGGAGAGAGUGUUUUAAAAUAGCAGUGGGCCAGAUAGAGAGAAUGUGUUGUAUUAGCAGUGGGCCAGAUAGAGUAUGUUGUAAUAGCAGUGGGCCAGAUAGAGUGUGUUGAAAUAGCAGUGGGACAGAUAGAGGAGAGUGUGUUGAAAUAGCAGUGGGCCAGAUAGAGUGUGUUGUAAUAGCAGUGUGCCAGAUAUAGUGUGUUGUAAUAGCAGUGGGCCAGAUAGAGUGUGUUGAAAUAGCAGUGGGCCAGAUAGAGUGUGUUGUAAUAGCAGUGAGACAGAUAGAGUGUGUUGUAAUAGCAGUGGGCCAGAUAGAGUGUGUUGAAAUAGCAGUGGGCCAGAUAGAGUGUGUUGUAAUAGCAGUGGGCCAGAUUGAGGAGAGUGUGUUGAAAUAGCAGUGAGCCAGAUAGAGUGUGUUGAAAUAGCAGUUGGCCAGAUAGAGGAGAGAGUGUUUUAAAAUAGCAGUGGGCCAGAUAGAGAGAAUGUGUUGUAUUAGCAGUGGGCCAGAUAGAGUAUGUUGUAAUAGCAGUGGGCCAGAUAGAGUGUGUUGAAAUAGCAGUGGGACAGAUAGAGGAGAGUGUGUUGAAAUAGCAGUGGGCCAGAUAGGUGUGUUGUAAUAGCAGUGUGCCAGAUAGAGUGUGUUGUAAUAGCAGUGGGCCAGAUAGAGUGUGUUGAAAUAGCAGUGGGCCAGAAUAGAGUGUGUUGUAAUAGCAGUGGGCCAGAUAGAGUGUGUUGAAAUAGCAGUGGGCCAGAUAGAGUGUGUUGAAAUAGCAGUGGGCCAGAUAGAGUGUGUUGUAAUAGCAGUGGGCCAGAUAGAGGAGAGUGUGUUGAAAUAGCAGUGAGCCAGAUAGUGUGUUGAAAUAGCAGUUGGCCAGAUAGUGGAGAGAGUGUUUUAAAAUAGCAGUGGGCCAGAUAGAGUGUGUUGAAAUAGCAGUGGGCCAGGUAGAGAGAAUGUGUUGAAAUAGCAGUGAGCCGGAUAGAGUGUGUUGAAAUAGCAGUUGGCCAGAUAGAGGAGAGAGUGUUUUAAAUUAGCAGUGGGCCAGAUAGAGUGUGUUGAAAUAGCAGUGGGCCAGGUAGAGAGAAUGUGUUGUAUUAGCAGUGGUCCAUAUAGAGUGUGUUGUAAUAGCAGUGGGCUAGAUUGAGUGUGUUGUAAUAGCAGUGGGCCAGAUAAAGUGUGUUGUAAUAGCAGUGUGCCAGAAAGAGUGUGUUGUAAUAGCAGUGGGCCAGAUAGAGUGUGUUGUAAUAGCAGUGGGCCAGAUAGAGUGUGUUGUAAUAGCAGUGGGCCAGAUAGAGUGUGUUGUAAUAGCAGUGGGCCAGAUAGAGUGUGUUGUAAUAGCAGUGGGACAGAUAGAGUGUGUUGUAAUAUCAGUGUGCCAGAUAGAGUGUGUUGAAAUAGCAGUGUGCCAGAUAGAGUGUGUUGUAAUAGCAGUGGGCCAGAUAGACUGUGUUGUAAUAGCAGUGGGCCAGAUAGAGUGUGUUGUAAUAGCAGUGGGCCAGAUAGAUGUGUGUUGUAAUAGCAGUGAGCCAGAUAGAGUGUGUUGUAAUAGCAGUGGGCCAGAUAGAGUGUAUUGUAAUAGCAGUGGGCCAGAUAUAGUGUGUUGUAAUAGCAGUGGGCCAGAUAGAGUGUGUUGUAAUAGCAGUGAGACAGAUAGAGUGUAUUGUAAUAGCAGUGGGCCAGAUAGAGUGUGUUGUAAUAGCAGUGGGCCAGAUAGAGUGUGUUGUAAUAGCAGUGGGCCAGGUUCCAAUGUGUGUUCUGGACCCAGCAGCUUAGACCACUAGACCACCCUAGGCCACAAUGGUAGCUCUGUCUUGGACAGGCUAGAUACUGUAUACGGUGAGUAGAGUGACUGGUCCUUAGCUCCAGUCAAGAUAGUGGAGCAGAGUUGAUAUCAGCUGACAAAGGGGUAGCCUAAAAGGCCAAGUAGUGGAAGUAUUGUUGUGACUAGCAGGGCCAAAGGUCAAGUACAGUGCCUUGCAAAAGUAUUCAUCCCCCUUGGCGUUUUUCCUAUUUUGUUGCAUUACAACCUGUAAUUUAAAUGGAUUUGUAUUUGUAUUUCAUGUAAUGGACAUACACAAAAUAGUCCAAAUCGGUAAAGUGAAAUGAAAUAAAUAACUUGUUUCAAAAAUGUCUACAAAAUAAAUAAUGGAAAUAAGGUGCGUGCAUAUGUAUUCACCCCCUUUGCUAUGAAGCCCCUAAAUAAGAUCUGGUGCAACCAAUUACCUUCAGAAAUCACAUAAUUACUUAAAUAAAGUCCACCUGUGUGCAAUCUAAGUGUCACAUGAUCUGUCACAUGAUCUCAGUAUAUAGACACCUGUUCUGAAAGGCUCCAGAGUCUGCAACACCACUAAGUAAGGGGUACCACCUAGCAAGCGGCACCAUGAAGACCAAGGAGCUCUCCAAACAGGUCAGGGACAAAGUUGUGGAGAAGUACAGAUCAGGGUUGGGUUCUAAAAAAAUAUCAGAAAAUUUAAACAUCCCACAGAGCACCAUUAAAUCCAUUAUAAAAAAAUUGAAAGAAUAUGGCAUCACAACAAACCUACGAAGAGAGGACCGCCACCAAAACUUGCGGACCAGGCAAUGAGGGCAUUAAUCAAAGAGGCAACAAAGAGACCAAAGAUAACCCUGAAGGAGCUGCAAAGCUCCACAGCAAAGAUUUGAGUAUCUGUCCAUAGGACCACUUUAAGCUGUACGCUCCACAGAGCUGGGCUUUACAGAAGAGUGGCCAGAAAAAAGCCAUUGCUUAAAGAAAAAAAUAAGCAAACACGUUUACUCUGUUUCUAGUCUCUGUCUGCUUAACAGAUUUAUGAAACAUGUAACAUAUGUCAUAUGGCUACCAGUAACUUCCCACCCUGUGGUAAACAUCACUUCCUCUGUUUCUAGUCUCUGUCUGCUUAACAGCUUUAUGAAACAUGUAACAUAUGUCAUAUGGCUACCAGUAACUUCCCACCCUGUGGUAAACAUCACUUCCUCUGUUUCUAGUCUCUGUCUGCUUAACAAAUGUAUGAAACAUGUAACAUAUGUCAUAUGGCUACCAGUAACUUCCCACCCUGUGGUAAACAUCACUUCCUCUGUUUCUAGUCUCUGUCUGCUUAACAGCUUUAUGAAACAUGUAACAUAUGUCAUAUGGCUACCAGUAACUUCCCACACUGUGGUAAACAUCACUUACUCUGUUUCUAGUCUCUGUGUUAGAUUGUGAUAAGUACCCGUAAAGACACAGUCUAAACUCCAGUUAGACUCUACUGUGAUAAGUUCCCGUAAAGACCCAGUCUAAACUCCAGCUAGACUCUACUGUGAUAAGUUCCCGUAAAGACCCAGUCUAAACUCCAGUUAGACUCUACUGUGAUAAGUUCCCGUAAAGACCCAGUCUAAACUCCAGUUAGACUCUACUGUGAUAAGUUCCCGUAAAGACCCAGUCUAAACUCCAGUUAGACUCUACUGUGAUAAGUUCCCGUAAAGACCCAGUCUAAACUCCAGUUAGACUCUACUGUGAUAAGUUCCCGUAAAGACCCAGUCUAAACUCCAGUUAGACUCUACUGUGAUAAGUUAUAUAUAUAUAUAUAUAUAUAUAUAUAUAUAUAUAUAUACACUACCGGUCAAAGGUUUUAGAACACCUACUCAUUCAAGGGUUUUUCUUUAUUUUUACUAUUUUCUACAUUGUAGAAUAACGGUGAAGACAUCAAAACUAUGAAAUAACACAUAUGGAAUCAUGUAGUAACCAAAAAGUGUUAAACAAAUCAUAGCCACCCUUUGCCUUGUUGACAGCUUUGCACAUUAUUGGCAUUCUCUCAACCAGCUUCAUGAGGUAGUCACCUGGAAUUCAUUUCAAUUAACAGGUGUGCCUUCUUAAAAGUUAAUUUGUGGAAUUUCUUUCCUUCUUAAUGCAUUUGAGCCAAUCAGUUGUGUUGUGACAAGGUAGGGGAGGUAUACAGAAGAUAGCCCUAUUUGGUAAAAGACCAAGUCCAUAUUAUGGCAAGAACAGCUCAAAUAAGCAAAUAGAUGAUGAAGAGUUAAUUAGUUAAAGCAAGUCUGUUAAUGCUAGGGGGAAUUCAAAUGUGAACCCGUCUGGGUCCCCAUGAGCAGGAUUGGGAAACACUGGGUUAGGGGGACCUCUGACUGACCUCUACCUCCUGAACUCACGGCCCGGGGGGGGGGGGGGGGGGGGGGGGGGGGCAUUGCACAACACUUGUCCCCCUGGAUACUGUAAAUAUUUAGAGCUAGAUGUCGCCCCUGGCUACAGAUCUAGGAUCAGAUUUCCUCCCUCUGUACUAACCUCUGACCCUAUGUCAGUGGUUAGGGGACAGCUUCUACCUUCUUCCUGUAAAUGUCCGAACCUUGGGGAAGAGAAAGCGCCUCACAUCCUCUGUCCCCUGGCUACUAUAAAGCACACAGGGAGAUGCAGUAAAACAGACAGGAAAACAGACAGAGAGAUGCUGUAAAACAGACAGUAAAAUCAGACUUACUCAAUCCUACUGUACCUCGAUGUGGGACUGAGAGAGAGAGAGAGAGAGAGAGAGAGAGAGAGAGUGGUUAUAGAGACAGGUUAUAGACAGUCAGUUGUAACAGGUUUCAGGUAAUCUUAAUGAUAAUGCACCAGAAGGUCAUUUCCGUCUAGAGGAGAUUCCUGAAAGCUUACACAACAUCACGGGCCUCAAAUUAUAGUCUUUAUAGUCUUUCGGAUUUAGGGUUUAACACACACACACACAGUACACACACACACACGUACACACACACAAAAACACACACGAACACACACACACAGUACACACACAAAAACACACACGAACACAUGCAUGCACUCAUUCAUGCUAAAACACACAUACUGUAGGACAGAGGUAUACUAGAUAUCUUUAUCUCAUCAUCUCUGCCUCUUAGAAACACACACACACACACACACAGAAACACACACACACACACAGUACACACACACACACAGUACACACACAGUACACACACAGUACACACACAGUACACACACACAGUACACACACAGUACACACACAGUACACACACACAGUGCACACACACACACAGAGUGCACACACACAGUACACACACACACGCAGUACACACACACAGUCCAUACAGAAUGUACUAGGAAAGGAAUUCCUAGUAAGCACACUCUCAAAUACUAUACCAUUUCCAUUCUUUCUUGCUCGCUUGGACACACUCGCACACACACACAUUUUAACAACUGUUUUUGUCUCAAAAGAACUCAGAGAUGGAAUAUUCCUAGAAGGGGUUUGAUAGCCGACCUUUCCACUGUUUGUCUCUCUCUCUCUCUCUCUCUCUCUCUCUCUCUCUCUCUCUCUCUCUCUCUCUCUCUCUCUCUCUCUCUCUCUCUCUCUCUCUCUCUCUCUCUCUCUCGCUGUCUCUCUCUCUCUCUCUCUCUCUCUCUCUCUUUGGUGUCAUAACUACUGUGACUUGACCCUUCUGUUUAGUCUCUGUCUCUCAGUCAUCUCUAAUGGCUCCUCUCUCUGUGUGUGUGUCAUAUCUCCUCUCUCUGUGUCUCUACAGUGAUAGAGGAGAAGGGAGUGAAGAUGAAGCUGACAGUGAUUGACACUCCAGGAUUUGGAGACCAGAUAAACAACGAAAACUGGUGAGUGAUGGAGGGAGGGAGAGAGAGAGAGAGAUGAAGGGUGGAAGAGAGAUGGAGGGCAGGGGAAAGAGAGAUGGCUUCCAAAACGACCCCAAGGUGAGAAGUGUCAGCACUACUGGCCCAACAUUCCAUCUGUUUUCAGGCUCAUUCAAUUACUCCCAUGUUGCUAUGCUUCAUGCUAUGUUAACAACAGUUAUUUAUGACUGUUUCAGUGGGACUUUUAUAGGGGAUAAUUAUAUAGCUGAUCAUUUUAUUGAUUUCUAGUUAAAUUCAUUUACGUUUUCCGACCGAAAUGAUAUUUUAACUAAGAGUCUUAAAUGUGUUGUGCAGUUGUUGUGUUUACCACUCAUCCUCCUCUCUUUCUCUCCUUCUCUCUCCCUCUCCCAUCACCCCUUCCCCUUCCCCGAGAGAGAGAAGAGAGGAGAAGAAAGAAAAGAAGGAGAGAGAGGAGAGCUCCUUCCCUCCUUCCCACCCUCCUCCCCUUCCUCUCUCUCUCUCCUUCUCUCUCCCAUCCCUUCCCUCCGCCCUCCCCCUCUCUCUCCCCCCACCUCUCCCCUCCCCUCCCCAACCCCACCCCCCCCUCCCUCCUCCUCCUCUAGUUGGGAGCCUAUAGUAAGUUAUGUUAAUGAGCAGUAUGAGAGGUACCUGAAGGAGGAGCUGUACGUCAACAGGAAGCGGAGGAUCCCUGACACACGCGUGCACUGCUGCGUCUACUUCCUGCCUGCCACCGGACACUGGUGAGAACCCUCACGUCACUUCCUCUGACAUCACUUCCUAUGACUUCUCCAGCAGAUCUCUAUACUAUACCUUAUGAAUAGCCUGUCUGAUCAGAUCUCAGCUAACUGUACUAUACCUUAUGAAUAGCCUGUCUGAUCAGAUCUCAGCUAACUGCUACUAUACCUUAUGAAUAGCCUGUCUGAUCAGAUCUCAGCUAACUGCUACUAUACCUUAUGAAUAGCCUGUCUGAUCAGAUCUCAGCUAACUGUACUAUACCUUAUGAAUAGCCUGUCUGAUCAGAUCUCAGCUAACUGUACUAUACCUUAUGAAUAGCCUGACUGAUCAGAUCUCAGCUAACUGCUACUAUACCUUAUGAAAGCCUGUGUGAUCAGAUCUUAGCUAACUGCUACUAUACCUUAUGAAUAGCCUGUUUGAUCAGAUCUCAGCUAACUUCUACUAUACCUUAUGAAUAGCCUGUCUGAUCAGAUCUCAGAUAACUGCUACUAUACCUUAUGAAUAGCCUGUCUGAUCAGAUCUCAGCUAACUGUUACUAUACCUUAUGAAUGGUCUGUCUGAUCAGAUCUCAGCUAACUGCUACUAUACCUUAUGAAUAGCCUGUCUGUUCAGAUCUCAGCUAACUGCUACUAUACCUUAUGAAUAGCCAUCUGGUCAGAUCUCAGCUAACUGCUACUAUACCUUAUGAAUAGCCUGUCUGAUCAGAUCUAAGCUAACUGCUACUAUACCUUAUGAAUAGCCUGUCUGAUCAGAUCUCAGCUAACUGCUACUAUACCUUACGAAUAGCCUGUCUGAUCAGAUCUCAGCUAACUGCUACUAUACCUUAUGAAUAGCCUGUCUGAUCAGAUCUCAGCUAACUGCUACUAUACCUUAUGAAUAGCCUGUCUGAUCAGAUCUCAGCUAACUGUACUAUACCUUAUGAAUAGCCUGUCUGAUCAGAUCUCAGCUAACUGUUACUAUACCUUAUGAAUAGCCUGUCUGAUCAGAUCUCAGCUAACUGUACUACCUAUGAUAGUAACUAGCUAACGGUUACUAACUUAUGAAUAGCCUGUCUGAUCAGAUCUCAGCUAACUGUACUAUACCUUAUGAAUAGCCUGACUGAUCAGAUCUAAGCUAACUGCUACUAUACCUUAUGAAUAGCCUGUGUGAUCAGAUCUCAGCUAACUGCUACUAUACCUUAUGAAUAGCCUGUCUGAUCAGAUCUCAACUAACUGCUACUAUACCUUAUGGAAUAGCCUGCCUGAUCAGAUCUCAGCUAACUGUACUAUACCUUUUGAAUAGCCUGUCUGAUCAGAUCUCAGCUAACUGUUACUAUACCUUAUGAAUAGCCUGUCUGAUCAGAUCUCAGCUAACUGCUACUAUACCUUAUGAAUAGCCUGUCUGAUCAGAUCUCAGCUAACUGUUACUAUACCUUAUGAAUAGCCUGUCUGAUCAGAUCUCAGCUAACUGCUACUAUACCUUAUGAAUAGCCUGUAUGAUCAUAUCUCAGCUAACUGCUACUAUACCUUAUCAAUAGCCUGUCUGAUCAGAUCUCAGCUAACUGCUACUAUACCUUAUGAAUAGCCUGUCUGAUCAGAUCUCAGCUAACUGCUACUAUACCUAAUGAAUAGCCUGUCUGAUCAGAUCUCAGCUAACUGCUACUAUACCUUAUGAAUAGCCUGUCUGAUCAGAUCUCAGCUAACUGCUAUUAUACCUUAUGAAUAGCCUGUCUGAUCAGAUCUCAGCUAACUGCUACUAUACCUUAUGAAUAGCCUGUCUGAUC